AUGUUCAAGACUCUGCGGAUGACUGUGAGGCACAAGUCCGGAACCGCAAAAGGCUCACUAUUCAAGUACCAGGACCGGCUGCCGUCGCUGCCGGUGCCGCCUCUCAUCAAGACUCUCGAACGGUACAAGAGGUCCAUCCAGCCGUACUAUGUGCGCGGAGCAAGCGACCCUGAAUAUCUGCGGUACUGCUCUGUGAUUGACGAUUUUGCAAAGACACAGGGUCCGAAGCUCCAGCAAAAGCUCGAGCAGUUUGCCACCGACAAACGCAACUGGCUCUCACAUUGGUGGGACGAUUAUGCGUAUCUCACCUACAGGGACCCUGUCUCGCCGUUUGUGUCCUACUUUUUCCACCACAAAGAGCUCAAUUCCAAAAUAGGCAAGGACCAAGUCACUAAGGCCGCAUGUCUGGCAUCAAAGGCAAUUGACUUCAUGGAGGCCAUAGAGAAAGAGACACUGGAACCCGAGCUGAUCAAAAAUAACCCUUUCUGUAUGGAAAGCUUUAAGUGGAUGUUUAACAAUUGCAGGGUGCCGGAGCCAGACAGAGACGCAAAUCCACGCUUCAGUCCCGAGCAAAACAGAUACAUGAUAGUUAUUGCAAACAACAGAUUCUACAAACUGCUCCACCAUGUGGACGGAGAGCGUGUUGGGCUGGCAGAUCUCGCUGCCAACAUCCAGGCCAUUAGGACUCACUCAGACACACUGCCGCCGGUGAAGAAUGCGGUCGGUGCGCUCACGUCCACAGACCGCGAUGUGUGGGCUACAAACUAUGCAGAGCUUGCGAAGAGCCCGGUAAACAAGCAGUCGUUGCGGGCAAUUCAGGCGUCGUCGUUUGUGCUCUGUCUCGACGACGACUAUCCAACAACGAUCGAGCAGCAGUCUCGCAAUGCGUGGCACGGCAACGGAACCAACAGGUGGUUCGACAAGCCAGUGCAAUUUUUUGUUUCUCGAAAUGGCACAUCAGGGUUCCUUGGUGAGCACUCCAAGAUGGACGGCACUCCGACUCUCCGGAUGAACGAUUGGCUAGUGCGCGAGCUGGAAAAAAUGCAGCCUCCGGAGGACACAUACAGUACACCGCUUUUCCGGGAACUUCAGUUUGAUGUGUCUGCAAAAACACAAACCGCCAUUGAGGAGGCCAAAGCAUCUUUUGACAAAACUGUCGACGCAUUGGACCUGCGUGUGUGGCAGUUCCACGGGCUCGGAAAAUCGCAUAUCAAAUUGUUCAAGGCAUCGCCCGACGCGUUCAUCCAGAUGCUCAUCCAGUUGGCCUAUUACAAGUACACGGGCACUGUGAGACCCACGUAUGAGUCUGCGUCCACGAGAAAAUAUUUUGCAGGCCGCACAGAAACGUGCCGGUCAGUUUCGAACGAGUCGUUACAUUUUGUGAGAACGUGGGAGGACGUUUCGGCCACGAAGGAACAGAAGAUCGCAGCUUUCCGCGACGCAGUUUCUGCGCAUGUCGAGUACAUCACUGCUGCCUCUGACGGUCACGGAGUCGACAGACAUCUGUUUGGUCUUGCGCAAAUGUGUGAGGAGGAGAAACAUGACUUUUUCAAAGAUCCAAUCUUUGCGUACUCGUCAUACUGGUACCUGUCAACCUCCCAACUCAGUUCGGAACAAUUCAACGGGUACGGUUGGGCGCCAGUCGUGCCAGAGGGUCUUGGACUUGCCUACAUGGUGAACAAUGACUGGCUGCAUGUGAAUGUGACAGUGUUCAAGAACAACCAGCUAGGGCUGGAGGCUGAUAAGAUGGUGUACUACCUCGGUUUGGCAGCUCGUGAGCUCAAAGAGGCCCUCACAAGCGAGACCAUUAAGGCAAAACUCUAG